AUGGGUGAUGUUCUUAAUGCAUUCGUCAGCGAGGUAAAGCAAGAGGGACCCAAAGGUAUUACAUCAAAGUGGCACUCUGCCCAUCUCAAAUUUCACAUCACCCUCGCAUUACACAACAAUGCAUUUACUGUGGCACAUCACAAUAUUGCCUUAAAGAAGAUGAAUCAGACAUGGGCUCAGUUCAAAGAGAAAAAAGUUUACAGAAAGGCAUUCUGUGUAGAUGUGGAAGAUAUGUGCAGUGGCUCGUUCCCACACACAAAAAGCAAGGAGGACAUGAUUGACACUCUGCUUGCAAGUAUGGGGCAACUAAGGAUGAAGCCAAGUGACCCAAAAAAUACUGAGGAGGCUGCAUCCAAAAAUGGUUUGGAACAGAAAUGCAAGGGUCAUAUAAAUGAUGCUGAUCACAGUUCUGCAUCGGAUGCUGAGAAAGGCACUCUCAAACUAGAUUUGGAGUCUGACCACAAGCAAAUACAUUUAAGCAGCAGGAGGAUGCAAAGAAAUCACCAAAAGGUUGAUGAGCACUACGGAAAGGCCACCAACAAUAGCAAGGGAAAGGAAAGGCAAAACAUGGCAGCAGUGUUAUUUCCAUCCGAAGAUGCCAAGGAUGAAUUGGAAAGUUCUAGUGAUGAUCAGCUAGACAUUCCACUCUCAGCUUCUUUAAAUGUUGAGGUAAAAGGCAAGGGCAAAGGGGGAAGAGAGGUGGCAGUAUGUACAGCAUUGCCAGACAUUAAUGAGGAUGAAUCAGACUCCUCCAGUGCUAUUGAGUCCUUCACUGACAAGUCAGAUGUUAAACGUGACAUUAUGUCACAAAUGUUGGUUGAAGUGCCAGAUGUUGAAUCGUCCUACUCUAUCAACGAUGAAGACUUAGAUGCAAAUGUGCUCCCUUCCACGCUUAUGGAGUGGAAUAUUUGGACUAGGAUAGCAUUUGAACAUGGCAAUACACAGGUGUUCGUGAAGCUUGGAACCUUCGAUGCCCCUACAAUUUCAACAACUCACAAUGCUCGACCUUGA